AAGUAACACAGAACUAAUACCAGCAUCAGCAUGAGAACUCAUCCUUUAUUUCAUUAGAUGUGAGCUGCAAGGUGUCUCAAAUUAAAUAAAGAUUCAUCUCUCUACAAUUGUGAAAGUAAAGGUAGCUCUGAAAGUCUGCAUGUGCAGUUUUAAAAAAGCAACAACAAAUGCUGAAGAAAGAUGUCUUCUAACAAAGAUAAAACUAAAAAAUGUGGACCACAACCUACACCAGCAAAGAGGGGAUCAAACCAGAUUAGAGAUGGACUUCUUUCAUUUUGAAAACACUGGGACUUGAAAAGUACUACCCAAACAAGCUGACUCUGAGGAUUUUACUGGAAAUUAACAGUGCUACUGUGUCCAAUGAAGAGAUUGACUCACAGCAAGCAAUACCAUGGGCCUUCCUAAGAAAGUUACUAAUGGUUAAUUCAAAAUCAAGAGCUGUACUAUCUGCACUUUGUGAAAAUUAUACAACAAAUGCCUUGUUUAGUGAAGAGGACAAUGAUGGUAGUCUAAACCUUUUAGAUCUUCACACUGCCCUCUUCUUUUGUGCAGAUAGUUUUCUUCAGCAAGAAAUGGCACUGAAAAUGUCAAUGUGCCAGUUUGCGACACCACUGUUGUUGCCUCAAGGAGCACAUAAUCAGUGCACUUUUAUGUUAUGGGCUCAUAGAUGUAUCAUGAAAGAAUGGCGCCCCCAUUCAAUGUCAGAGUCUAAGGAGUUUGUUGAGAACAGUGUUGUUCAUGCAAAAAUUCCCUUGAUAUCUUUUGUGAGGUUAAAUAACUGCAGCUUGUCCAAGUCACACAUUUUGAACCAAGUGCUUAACAAUUCAGAGCAGCAGCAUGACUUCUUUUGUCAUCGAGAAAUGAUUGGAGGAUCUGCUUCGAGGCUAAUUUCUAAUGGCAUGGUUGAAAUAUGCUGGAAUCUUCCAUCUGGAAACCAAAGCAUUGAUGUUUUUCCCGAGGCAGUGGCUAUUGCUAAUUUAAGAGGAGAUGCUAGUACUUUUGAAACACAAUUCAGAUUCCUCACAAAGGUAUCAGCAGCUCUCUUUGUGUUCCUGGACAGUGCUGAUGAAAAUGAGCAACGGUUGUUGGCCUCUUUACGAGGAAUAAAACCCGAAAUAUUUCUUGUGGUCAACUCACAGAGAAAUAUGAACCAGACUGUGAAGUCAUCCAUUGAGACAGUAAUUGAUGCUCUGCAAGUGGAAAGAGAUCACAUCAUUCUAAAAAGCCAAAAAGUGAAUUUGGCUGCAUUUGCAAAAAUGAUAAAUUCUUCCAUUAAGACUGUUCUAAGUGGAAGUCAAGAAUCAUUAAGCAUUGAUUCCAUGAAGAAGACUGCUCAGGAGUUAGGUCUUGCCAUUGAUGAGAUUCAAAGUAAAGCUUGUGUAUCAGCAGAAGCAAGUGCAGAGAAAGUCAUGAAAACUAUUGGAGUUCAUCCAGUAACAGACUAUAAAAAGACACAGUUGCCAUUACAAGGUGAAAAUUGGAAAAGGCUGGCUAAAAUAGAAAAGGAGAUGUGCAGAUUAAAGAAUUCAGGAGAAAUGAGCUUGGAGAAAUAUAAAGUUCAACUUCAACAAGAAAAAGAUGAAAUUUGGAACAAACAAAGUCAGUACAAAAUGACAUCAACAAUGGAGAUCUUUAUAGAUACUUUGUUGAUGUCUGAUGAUACUGAGCGAGCCUUCUUUCUGAAGUGGAUGGGACUAAAAUUGGACAUGCAAUCACGCAAACACAUAUCUAACCUUCGACGCAAAUACAAAGAUUAUGACCAAAAGAAAGACAAAGCAAGCAUUGCCAAAUUAGACCAGGAACUUCUUAAUUGUUCACUUGGCAUAGAGCACUACAUGAGAGAAAUGGGACAACUUUAUGAGUCUGCAUCAUUUGGUUCAAAUAAAAUAUCAGACAAAAUCCUCAAUCUCCCAAAACUGGCUGCCAAAAUGCUUCUAGCUGGGUCCCCUCUUGAACUACUAGAUGGAGAUGCCUCAAAUAUCCCAGAGAAAUGGGUGAGCGAUGUUCUCAUGGAGCUUCACAGGAUGGUUGGACAAAAGAGCCGUUUGCUGGUUCUGACUGUGUUAGGGGUUCAGAGUACUGGUAAAUCAACAUUGCUCAACACUAUGUUUGGAGUUCAGUUUGCAGUGGGCAGUGGUCGAUGCACACGUGGAGCAUACAUGAUUUUCCUUCCAGUGGAUAAUGACUUGAAAGAGGAGUUACUUUGUGACUUUGUCCUUCUGAUUGAUACAGAGGGUUUGAAAUCACCAGCACUGGCACAACUGCAAGACAGUUAUGAGCAUGACAAUGAACUGGCUACAUUUGUGAUUGGUCUCAGUGAUGUAACCAUCAUCAAUAUAGCUAUGGAGAAUUCCACAGAGAUGAAAGAUGUCUUGCAGAUUGCAGUUCAUGCUUUUUUAAGGAUGAAGGAAGUUGGUAAAAAAACAGUCUGCCAUUUUGUCCACCAAAAUGUUGGUGGUGUUUCAGCAUACAACAAAAACCUGACUGAACGGAAACAGCUCAUGGACCAACUAAAUGAGAUGACAAUGAUUGCAGCGGAGAUGGAAAAAAAGCCCAACAUAAAAAAAUUCAAAGAUGUCCUGGAUUAUGAUGUGGAAAAGAACAACUGGUAUAUACCAGGCCUAUGGCAUGGCACACCACCAAUGGCACCAGUAAAUACAGGCUACAGUGUGGCAGUUCUUGAUUUUAAGAAAACCCUCUUGGGGGUCCUUAAAGCUAGAAAGGAUGAAGAACUCUCUCAGAUCCCAGAGUUCCUGCAAUGGAUUAGUAGUUUGUGGAAGGCAGUGAAGUUUGAGAACUUCAUUUUUAGUUUCAGGAACACACUUGUAGCCCAAGCCUAUGACAACCUUUGCAAAGAGUUUUCAGACUGGGAGUGGUCUUUCAGAAGAUGUAUUCAGUCCCUGCUCACAACUGAAAUAGUUCAAAUAUCUAACAGUGACACAAGUGGUAAUGCUGAGGCUGUCGAGCUUCUUGAAAAGAAAGCAUAUAAAGAGGUUUCCUUGCAAACAAAUGCAAUUAAUGCAAAACUAAAAGAGUACUACAAAAAGAAAGACCGUCAUGUAUACUUGGUGGAAAAAUACAAAACUGAUUUUGCUAAUAGCAUCAAAGGUCUGGAGAAUGAAAUGAAAGCUGAAGUGCAAAAAAGAUUAGCUGCUGCUCUUGAGAUGAGAGGUAACAAGAAGAAAUUAGCAGACAUCCACAGAAAGCAAACGGCAAUAAUUGAGUGCCAAGUCCUUCAACUACUGCAAAAUUUCAAACAUCGCAGAGAUGAGGUGUCUGACGAAGAGCUCACUGCAGAGUUUGAGAAAAUGUGGAAAAGGGAGAUGGCAAACAUCACUGGUCUGAAAGAAGUGGAUGUUCCUGCAGAUAUUUUGAAGCAACUACGUGAAAGUUUUGGAAAUCGCAAAGUCAUGGAAGACUUGCAGAAAAUUCAAGAUUUGACAAAGUAUGGGCAAGGAGAAUUCCAGGUCAAAGAGCAACAUAUAACUUUGAAAAAUAAAUUCCAUAGUUUCUUCACACAGCGUAGUGCAAAACAAGAGCUAGAGAACAUUGCAAAUGGGAUAAUUAAGUUUUGCAGUCAAACCAUUAAGCAGCAUGCACAAGAAAAAUGUGAUUACCAAAGUACGUUUACAAAAGAUGUGCUGGUGGAAAUUGAUGAGCAGCUACAAAAAGAGCGUUCAAAAAUCAAUAUGGCAUUUGAACUCGACCUUAAUUUGCACAUUUGUGGCAUUGCUUCUCGAAAAUUCCGUGAGAUGCAAAAGAAAUUCCUCAUUGAGCAGAAUCCCAUCAAACAUUUGCAGAAAUUCAAGAGUAAAUAUCUCUCUGAUUUCAUUGAUUUGUACAGAGAGAAGGACCAGUGCCAUAGGAAAGCACAAGACUUCACUCAGCUCUGUCUUAAGCCAGCAGUGGCUGAAUACAUUGACAAGUCCCUCGGACCUGACAUUGUUGAUGCAGUUUUGCUGAACAACCCAUCUGAGUACAGUUCUCGAGUUCUGUUUCAAUACAAAAUUCAAAAGGAGCUAAUGGAAAAACCAAACUUUGAUGAUUUUAAAAGUACAUCUUACAAUACAAUGCUUAUGUCAAAGAUUGGAUAUACAAUCAAAUUGUUAAAUGCCUUUCCAACGACAUAUCUCUGCCAAAUUUAAAAAUGAAGAAGUUGGACAUCAUAAUGAAAGAGAUCAUGAAAGCAAUGGAAAUCUCUAAGCUUGAUGACAAUGGCUCUCCUUUGCCUGAUAAUGCAGGUGGUACAAAAAGGUUGAUCCAGAACUUUUGCAAAUCCAUGA